AUGGCAGGCUUCCUGGUACCCUGUCCUCCAGUGAGGCUAUGCGUGGGUCUUACAUGUGUCCUGUCCCUUUGGAACACAGUGUCUGCUGUUAAAGGAGAAGCCAAGAAGGAAAAGUUCAUGACCUUCCUUCCUACAGCAGCAUCUGGACUUGGAGAAGAGAGGAAGGAAAAAGGGGUGGCUUUUCUCGAUACCACAGAGCUGCCUGCAAGGUCGGUCAAUCUGUCCGCCCUGAACCUGACAGAGCUGGUGAACGGAAUGCUGAAUAGAGCUUUAAAAGAUACCAAGAAGUUCUUCUCCUUGCUAAGCAUCACUUCAUAUAGCUCCUUUGCCUUCCACAAGUUUUCUGUGUCCGUUUACAACAUUUCCAACCUGAAGACUGUGGACCCCACCAAAUUCCCCACCCGGUACUGCUACUGUGUGAACAACAGGACCAAUGACUUAUCAGAUUUCACGGCCCUACUGGUGGAUGUCAUUGGAAAUUCUACCAGAUACCUCACAGAGAUUUUUAAGUCAACUUCCAUCCUCUCCGUGAGUCAAACAAACGAAUCGGACUGCAUCUUCAUCUGUGUGAUGACAGGAAAGUCAGGAAGGGAUCUUUCUGACUUCUGGGAGAUGGCGGAGAAAUCUCCUGUUAUCAACUACACAUUCACCAGCAGCUUGUCUGGUGUUCUAGGUGCAGCUCCCAGGGGCACGGCUGUGACUUCAAAACUCAUACCCACAAGCCAGCAGACACUACCGAGGACAAGCCCCCUGCACAGAGCCCAGAGCACCAGGGCACCUGCUCCAGGGACCUUUCCCUGGACAGAGACAACUCCUCCUGCAGAGGGAGAGCCGGCCAUGAGCACGAUCAGGCUUUCCAAGCUCCACGCCAGGGCCACAGCCAUGGCCACGCAGGGUGGUCCCUCUCCCACCCUCCCAGCAUUGGCAUCCCUGAAAUUAGAGAUUGACAUGAGCCAGUGUGAGUUUGAUACAGACAAGCAAAGGCAAGAUGUCAUCUGCCCCCAGCCUCCAUCUUCUCCAUCCCAUGCAGGAACCUCCACCCGUGGCACACGAACCCCGAGUCCAACCAAGGCACCUGCCCCGAAAUAUCCACAGACAGGUGACCUCCCUACAACAUGGCCACUUACCCCUAAAGAAGAGCCAGCCUUGGUCCCGGGACCCCACCAAGUCUCGAGGUGUCCUGAGCUGCUCCUUGAAGAGGGGGCCAUCACCGCCACUCCCCUCACCCUGGCCAUCCAGAAGUUCAACCCUUGCCUGAUGGAGCUGUGCCGCUUUUUCCAGCAAUGCCUCUGCAUGAGCCAGAAGAGAGAGGCUAGAGCAGAGGCCAUGAGGUACUGUCUUCAAUACUAUUCCUGGUUUCUGAAGAAUGCAACAUACAUCUGUCAGAGAGUGAAAAGGGUGUCCCACUCCCACACGUUAAAACAAAAAUGCCUCCAGAAUAUCUGUCAGUCAGUGUGA